AUGUACACAGGUUGCGUGCAGAAGAUCGACCUCUUCUUCUCCCCACUUUUGCCGAGGCCAUCAAUUUGGACAGAACUCAAUGCAUUGCUCACCAAGGACGACCCCAUUCUCCCCCGUCUACAUUGGGUCGCACUGAUACAUCAGUACACAUAUGGUGAAUCCUGGAAAGCUGAGAGCGGACUGCUCGCACUGCUUUCACCUAGGCUACGCUGGGCAAGAAUCGACGGUGCAUAUGAUGAUAAGGAUUGGGACACCCUAGUUGCCAACCAUCUCCUCGCACACUGCCCCAACCUGGAAGGCGUCACCAUCGCCAAUACCGAGUGGAUGGCCUUGCUAUCAAACCACCAACGUCUGGAGAUGCUUCAUGUGCACGGGGACGAUCCGAGGACCGAAUAUCUAGCCUGCAUGGCCAACUGGCCCGCACUCCGGUCGCUCACUUUCAACACUAGGUCCUUGUCCCGAUCCGACCUGCCAAAUCUUGUCUCCCUACCUUUUCUUCAGAACCUCGAGAUUAAUGUUGAACCAUAUAGGUGCUGUCUCUCCUCCCCGCCCCCCUCACGGCUCUCCGCCUCGCUUCCCUCCCUCCGCUCGCUCUCUUACACUCUCUAUGAUGGAGGCUACGCUGAGGACCUCAGCGUCCCCCUCGACGCCAUCGGAGCCGCUUACGUACAUCUCACCGAGCUCACACUGAUCGUCCGCUCAUUAUGGAGCAGCCUCAUCAUCCACCUCUCCGACAUCCUCACGCCCCUCGCGCCUCUACAGCGGCUCCGCGUCGUCAACAUCACCAUCAAAGGCGAAUACAUGAGCUACAACGCACACGACCUUCGAAGGAUCCCGGUAGUGUGGCCUGCCCUCGUCGAGCUCCGGAUCGCGGCCGGACUUUACGCUCAGGGCUCGGACGACGACGUGGCGCCGCUCUGCGUGCUGCCGGACCUCACACGCGCCCUCCCAGAGCUGCGCGUGCGGCACCUCCCGCAGACGGCGUUCACCGCGGGGGUGCUGGACGUUGUCGGCGCCGGCGCCGGGCCGCCGCAUCGUGCGGUGUACGACCUCCGGCUGGGUCCGGUGAAAGUGCGUGGUUGGCGGGAGGAUGGCUGGGAGGAGGACGCGAAGCGCGAGGUGCGCACGUUCCUCGGCGCGUUGUUUCCGAAUGCCGGGCACCGGGUCGAGGUCCAGAUGAACGGCGCGUGUAGUACGGCGUUUCUGCGCGCCCUCACGCAGGUCGACGCGACUUCCGAGUUCACUCCAGGCAAGAUCUGCGAGAGGAGCGUGAAGCCCAAGCACGACGUACCACUUGUAUCGCCACGCGUGAUGCGUUAA